UACCGGUAUGUAGUCUGUAUGGUACGGUCGUAACAUCGAAACGUACUUACUGAGCGACGAAAGUGCAGCUUCAGGAUGACUUUCAAAAAAUAAUUCCUCAGUAGUCAUGCAGCUCGAGGCCGGAGAGCUUAACCACUUGGAAUAAUGUCUGAUAGCCAGUAUUGAAAAAGAAGAAACCUUGAUCAAUUGAUUUUUUUAAACCUUCAUUUGUGAUAGUGGCAAGUGUAUUGGAAUCGAUGUACGGUAAAGAAAGGGCAUUUUAAUGUAAAGUCAUCUUAGAACACAUGACUUUGUUCAUUAGUGGUCAACGUGAACAGUUUUUAACGAUAGAAUCGUUACCCGUGCGGCCAUUGUGCCUCUGCUGUUUCUCGAGAUUAUCUUCUUGUUUUGUUUUUGUGCGCAUGCAGCUUGACUUUGAAUAUGUUACAUGUACAUUAUUCACAGUUCAGGAAACACGAAGAGUUGACUGCUCGACUCUGCCUUUGGUGCAGUGAUGUAUUGAUAUUGAUGAUAUUGAUUGGCAUAUCGUGUUGUGAAACUGCCAUUAGGGUCUUGUUAUUCGACGCUGAUAUCGCCGAGGAGAUAUUGAUAAAAAGAACCAGCAUUUCCUAACGGCUAGUGGGUACAGAAGGUAGGACAAGUAUAGAAAAUCAGGAGAGGGUUAAAAUGCCAUACAUUUCAUUUCAGACAGAAUACACGGAAGCUAACUCCCUUUACCAAUAUCUCCUCGGUUUUUAUAUUCAUUGAAAUAAAUUUUGGACUUCUUUUCCACUUUGGAAAAUCGGCUGUAAAAUGAAUAGUUGAUUGAAUAACGUAAUUAUAAUAAUGUUUUAACUUCAUCAUCGUCUCUAUAGUCGUGUCUUCUGUUAAAAAAAACUGGUGACCUAUGGUGAUAGUGCGUCUAACAGUUCAUCGGUAAACUUGUAGAAUUUUCUACAAGACGACUUUCUCUCUGACGUUAAUAUAUAUUUUGUUUAUAUUCCGGAUUAUGGUCAUAAAAGUUUCUCUGCCAAACUGCAAACAUAAUCUGCAAAGAGGUUGUGUGAACAUUUUCAUCUAUUGUAUCUGAAGUUUCACUGGUGAUACCUAAGAAGCUUUAAUAAAGAUCAUCUUCAUGGAUGGCGAAGAGGAGUAUAUUCAGGGCGAAGGAGAACAUCAUAGUGAAAGUCCAAAUUAUGAGUACAUGGACAUUCCAACAUGUGGAAAUGCCUCUCCCAUUCUUAAUGCUGAAAAAGAUUGGGAAAGUUCUAUCAAAAUAGGGAAGCAUGGAGAUCUUGGCGACAUGACAUUUUGUAUGGCCAAUUAUGUAAAGGAAGCUAUGAGGAUGAUGUUUAUGAUGCGCAGCCAUCAUAUGCUGACUGACAUUAUUCUUGAGGUUGGCAGUGAAUUAUUCCAUGCACACAAAGUUAUUUUAGCUGCUGCUAGUCCUUACUUCAAGGCAAUGUUUACGGGUGGUCUAAAGGAAUGUGAAAUGACCAGGGUGAAGCUGCAGGGAGUGUGUCCUACAGCUAUGGCUCGUUUGAUGUACUUCAUGUAUACUGGUGAAAUACGAGUUACUGAAGUAACCGUGUGCUCAUUACUCCCAGCUGCUACAAUGUUCCAGGUCAGCAAUGUUAUUGAUGCCUGUUGUGUCUUUUUGGAAAGACAACUGGAUCCAACAAAUGCUAUAGGAAUAGCGAAUUUCGCUGAGCAGCAUGGUUGUCAUGAAUUGUACCGUAAAGCAAAUCAGUUUAUCGUUCAACAUUUUAAUGAAAUAUGUCAAGAAGAAGAAUUCUUACAACUAUCAGCUAUACAAUUGAUAUCGCUUGUGAGAAAAGAUGAACUUAAUGUGCAAGAGGAAAGAGAAGUGUACAAUGCUGUGUUAAAAUGGGUUAAGUAUAACGAGGAAACCAGGGGUCCGAAAAUGGAACAUAUAUUGCACGCAGUUCGUUGUCAAUAUCUAACACCAAACUUCUUGAGAGAGCAGAUGAAGAAUUGUGACAUUUUGAAAAAGGUUCCGGCCUGUCGGGAAUAUUUGGCGCAAAUAUUUAAGGACUUAACGCUUCACAAAAAACCUGUUGUUAAAGAAAGGACACCCAAUACACCAAGAAAAAUAUAUAUUGCCGGCGGAUUUUUAAGAAAUUCUCUUGACAUUGUCGAAGGCUAUAAUGCUGACGACAAAUCGUGGGUACAACAUGCAAAACUGACUGUACCAAGAUCUGGAUUAGGAGGAGCAUUUCUCAAAGGGAUGUUCUACGCCGUUGGUGGUCGAAACAACUCUCCUGGUACCAGAUAUGACAGUGAUUGGGUAGACAGAUAUAAUCCCGCAAUAGAUCAAUGGCGGCCUUGUAGUCCUAUGUCAGUACCAAGGAACCGAGUAGGUGUGGCAGUAAUGGAUGGUUUACUAUAUGCAGUAGGUGGUAGUGCUGGUGCUGAAUAUCACAGUAGCGUGGAAUGUUAUGACCCAGAUCAAGAUUUAUGGACCAGCAUUAAACCAAUGCAUGUUAAAAGAUUAGGGGUUGGCGUUGCUGUAGUCAAUAGGUUACUUUAUGCAAUUGGUGGCUUUGAUGGUACAAAAAGAUUAAGUUCUAUAGAAUGUUAUCAUCCUGAAAAUGAUGAAUGGACUAUUGUAGCUCCAAUGUCAUGUGCUCGGUCUGGUGCUGGUGUUGCUAGCUUAGGACAGUAUAUAUAUGUCAUAGGAGGAUAUGAUGGGACGAGACAAUUAAGUUCUGUCGAACGUUACGAUACUGAACAUGAUACCUGGGAAUUCGUUAAGGAUAUCAGUAUAGCAAGGAGUGCGCUCAGUGUCACGGUAUUGGAUGGAAAAUUGUAUGCCAUGGGUGGUUACGAUGGAACGAACUUUUUAAGCAUAGUAGAAAUAUAUGAUCCAACUCAGGAUAUUUGGACGUUAGGUUUGCCUAUGACAUCAGGCAGAUCAGGUCAUGCUAGUGCUGUAUCUUAUCAUCAUUGUCCUUUACGUUGUGAUUCUACUGAUGCACGUACAAACACGUCGUGAUACGCAAUUUUAUAUAUUCCUAGGUCCAAUGCGAUUACAUAUUUGGCGGAUAAUUUAUUUAUUUAUCAAUUUCAACGGUAUUUUAAAUGUGCGUAUUCAGCGCAAUUACGCUCUCCUGACAACUAUAGUAUAAAAUUUUGUGUAAUACAUAAACUCUGGUGAUAGCGUUUGCGCUGAAAUGGACUGAAACGUAUUUUUCCACUUGUACCCUAGCAGACCCUACCACCUUUGAAACUACUACGGUGGUUUUGUGCAAAGCGUAUACCAAGUAUUUUAUCCGAAAAAUCAGCUUUAAGAUGGUGAUUUUGAUGGUGGAAACGAUUGGUGGUUUGAGUAGUGGUUCGAACAAAAUGUUUGGUAUACUUUUUGCACAAAACCAUUGUAGUGGAAACCACCGUAAAACGGUGGUGAAUUUCGCAGUCGCCGGGUCUGCUAGGUUAGUAAUACAAAUUUAUCUUUAAUGUCUGCGAUAGCUGAAGACCGUCUACUUUUCCAUACAAUAAGACUUCGGCGACUUAAUUAUAAUGAAAAGAGUAAUCUUCUUAGUGCUAAUACUUGUUAUUGAAAAAAAGCGAUUUUUAUGAGAUAAAAUGGUCCACAAGACGGUCAAAAGAUAUCCUUUAUGAUGUAUGUGCAGUAAUGACCAUAUUCAUGAAUGGUUAAGAACAGUUAAGAUAUGAAAUAGAUUUUAAUUUGAGGAUUUUAAUUUCCAAAUGUUGUAUAGUGUAAAGGAGUCCUCUGAAUAGGUUUGUUCUCGUUACCAAACUUUCUGCACUUUUCAAAAAGAGCAAUUUCUCAUUGGUUACUUAAAAAUAUCAUCCAAUUAGAAAUUGCAAUGUUUGGAAAGUGCAGAAAGUGUUGGUAAUGAGAAUAACCUAACAUGGCAUUGAUAUUGCAGCCUGACCAUAGAUUUACAAUUACUUUAUUUUUUUAAGACCAUGUGCCGAUGUAAGUUGCAAUAUAUGCAUAUUAUUUGAACCGAUA